AUGGACUUGGUGAAUUUUAAGAAUCUUCUCGAUCGACUUCAAAGUCCCGAUCAUGAUAUUCGAACCGAAGCCGAGGACCGGACAUUAUCAGCAGUCCUUUGUCGCCGACUCUUGAUGAAUGAUUGUGACGAAGCCUUCGCUCCCUUGCCUGAGGAAACAAAGGCUGCUAUUAAACAGCAGCUUCUUAUUUCCAUUGUUAAUGAGUCGGUUGACCAAAUGCGUCGAAAAAUAGCCGACGUAGCUGCAGAACUUGUUCGGGAACACUUCGGUGAUGACAAUGUGUGCCAAUGGGUCGAGUUCCAACCAUUCAUAUUUGAGUGCUUCAGAUCCCCUGAGUCGGGUCUACGUGAAAUUGCCCUUCACUUGUUUGCCACCGUGCCAGCUGUUUUCGGCCCCGAUCCUACUCCUCUGAUGCCUAAUAUCGGUCAGAUGCUUAAUCAAGGUCUGCACGACAGCAACCCCAGGAUCCGUGUUGCCGGUUUCCGAGCACUCUCUGCUUUCCUGGUGCAUAAUUCCACGGAGACCUCGGUGCAGCAUGCGCUCAAAGAUCUUGCUCAGCCUGCUCUCAUGGCUGUAAUAGCUAACCUGGAGUCCGACUCAGAUGACGACACGAUGCUUAAAUGUUUGGUCGAAAUGGCAGAUGCCACUUCCAAAUAUCUUCGCCCAUUCCUUCCACUCACCUUAGACCUCUGCUACAAGGUUUUGUGCAACACUAAUUUGUCCGAUCCAAUGCGCCACAUCGCCUUGGAGGUGAUCAUCACCUUGUCAGAGAAUAUUCCUUCAAGCGUUCGCAAGGCAGGCAAGAAUAUAAUCGAGCCGCUGGUCCGAACUCUGCUAGAAAUGAUGACUGAGUUGGAGGAGGAUCCUGACUGGGCCACCGUCGAUGCUCCGGAGGAGGAUGAAGAGGAUAAAAAUGCCAUCACCGCGGAAAUGGCCCUCGAUCGAUUUGCUUGCGCCAUGGGCUCCCAAGCUGUUCUUGAUGAGAUCACACACACUGUACCAGCCAUGCUUCAGGACCCUGACUGGAAGAAGCGGCACGCAGGUCUGAUGGCUAUAUCAGCCUGUGGCGAAGGUUGCCAUAAACAGAUGGAAGGUAUGCUCGGUCCAAUAAUUCAACAGGUCGUCCCGCGAAUGGCAGAUCCCCACCCGCGUGUGCGCUAUGCUGCUUGCAACGCCAUCGGACAAAUGGCCGCUGACUUCGGACCGAGGCUUCAGAAAAACUACCAUUCAGCCAUCAUUCCCGCAAUUCUUCACGUACUCGAUGAUAAGAGUCCACGUGUACAGGCCAAUGCCGGCGCCGCACUUGUUAAUAUAUGCGAGACCUCCCCCAAGGGUGUACUAGUGGAGUAUCUGGACGACCUCGUUAAAAAGUUGGAAGAUGUCAUGACAGCAAAAUUCCAGGAGAUGGUUGAAAAAGGCCACAAGCUUGUUCUUUUGCAAACAGUCACUUCAAUCGCGGCCGUAGCCGACGCCGCUGGGGAAAACUUUGCUCCUUACUACGAUCGUUUCAUGCCCGGUCUCAAGUACAUUAUGGAGAAUGCUCUUCAUCCGGAUUUGCGGCUCCUCCGUGGAAAGGCUAUCGAAUGCAUCAGUUUGAUUGUCCUCGCUGUGGGCAAGGAGAGGUUCAUGCAGGAUGCUAGCUCCAUCAUGACGCUCUUUAUGAAAACACAAACUGACACGGCAGCUGAGGGCACAGGCGACGCAUCUGGUGAGGACGAGUUCGCUGAUGAUGAUCCACAAGUAAAUUACAUUAUCACGGCAUGGGCCCGUAUCUGCAAACUCCUGGGGCGUUCCUUCGAACCCUUCCUGCCCACCGUCAUGCCCCAGGUACUCAGAACGGCGCGACUGGCUCCAAAGGUCUGCGUUCUGGACGACGAUGAGGCCGAGAACUUUGAUCCCGAGUCUUGGCAAAUCUUACCCAUUGGUGAAGACCAAAAUUGCGCCAUACGAACCAGUACCCUUGAGGAUAAGGCCACUGCUUGCCAAAUGCUCGUGUGCUACGCCCGGGAGUUGAAGGAGAGCUUUGCACCCUAUUGUGAAGAGGUCCUUAACACCAUGCUCCCCAUGCUCAAUUUAUGCCUCAACGACAAGAUUCGUAGUGCGGCCUCUGAGAUUAUGCCCUAUCUGAUGGAUAGUAUGAAAAAAACACGACCUGACCUGGUUGCCGACGCGUGGGAUAAGGUCUUCAACAAACUCCUUGAGGCCAUUUCAACGGAACCGGAGCGCGAGCUGGUAGCUGACCACCUGGAGGCUCUUGCCGGUUGUAUUGAACGCCUCGGUGUCGGCUACCUUAACUACGAGCGAAUGACGGAGAUUCAUCGCCUUCUCGACCGCUUCUUUCAUGAGCAUUUCGAAAAGGACGAGGAACGCACCGCUAAACGACAGGAUGAGGACUACGAUGAACAGGAGGAGGAGCGUAUCCUGUCGGAGAAGGAUGAAGACGAAUAUGUGCUCUCGAAGAUGUGCGAAGUGAUGCGAGCCAUCUUCUCGACCUACAAGACUGACGCCCUUCCCCUUUUCCAGCAGCUCAUGGUCCACGUCGUGAAGCUCUUAGAGCCCAACCGUCCCUGGUCUGAUAUGCAGUGGGGCCUGUGCUUCUGUGCAGACUUAAUUGAACACACUGGGCCUCAGUCAUUUGCUCUAAAGGAUUUUUUCAUCCCGGCUUUUGCGCGAGCAAUAAUGCACCAACAGAACGAUAUCAGGCAAACUGCCAUUUAUGGAAUCGGCGUUGCCGCGAUGUUCGGUGGGCCAAACUAUACAGCCACUCUUGCCGAUUUUGUACCGCCUCUGAUCCAGAUCAUCGAGGCUCCUGACGCUGCAACCGAGGACAAUAACAUCUGCCGUGAGAACGCGGUUUCCUCUAUAACAAAGAUGAUGAAAUAUCGCCCUGAAUGCCUGGUUCCAGCUGGCCUGAACGACAUGAACGCGCUGAUUGCUCGUUGGCUCACCUGGUUGCCAAUUUGGGAGGAUGAAGAAGAAACUGAUCAUGUGUACGGUUAUCUCUGUGAUCUGGUGGAGGCCAACAACCCUGCCGUCCUUGGCGGUCCCUCCAACACCAACCUGCCGCGCAUUGUUUCGGCGAUUGCUCGUGUCUUCUCGGAGAAAGCCCUCUCACGACCCGACGACGAGGAGGGUGGGGCUUCGGUUGCUCCCAACGGUGUUGGUAGCGAUAAGCAGAUUAAUGGGGACAAGUCUGGUUCCGACGUUGUCUCAGUCUACGAUCGUUGUGUUGCGAUUCUGCGGCUCAUCCGAAGCAACUCGACUGUCUUCGAAGCUUGUAUGGCCCAUCUAGAAGAGAAGGAGAGACAGGCCGUUGUCGAGUGUCUAAGUUAA